UUUUCGCCACCGGAACGCCAGCUCUACCAUGACGUCAUCUUCGGGUUCUUGCUCGCCUUCGCCGUAUUCUUUGUCAUAUGCCAAUUCCCUUUCCCUGUGUCAUCAUCGCCUGGGGCAUAACUGGAAUUUCAUGACUUUCGUCGGUAAUUUCUCGCUCUCCCUUUUUCUUUUAACGGUUUCGCUUUUCCUUCACUGUUUGCUGAACGAGAUUUAGGAAGAAUUCUUGAUCUUGGUACUUCGUCUUUUUCUCAGUUUUUUCCUUUCUUAGCGAUAAACCUCUAUUAAUCGUUUAUUUCCAUCGAUCUUGGAAAAUUGUUUCGUAAUUGUGGAAUCUUUUGCCUCCUCUUCUUGGUAAUUGAAGUGUGGAUCUUGUUUCUUUAGAAUUCUUGAACUCAAUUGCCCCUUUUAUCUGCUAUUAAUCUUGAAGUAACUAUGAGAAUAUUCAUAUUAUCAAACAUUUUUGUGUUGCUGUGACUUUGUGUGGAUCAUUAUUCGAAGCUCGAUUUUGGAAACUGCAAACCUAUUGUGAAUUACUGUUCUUUUUCUGUUUAGUUUUUUACACGUUCUUGAUUUUCACUGUUAUCGUUUGCCUGCACCGCGGAGGCGUAAGAAAUUUCUGGAAGCGCCUAAGUCUCAAAGCCGAGGUCAUGAGUACAGCCCAUGGAAAUCUUUCAUCUAGAACAGAUAUGAGUAAUGAGGAGGACAAGCCAAACCAUCUUCUGGUUCUUGUUCAUGGCAUUAUGGGAAGUUUUCAAAUGUUGCAGCCCGAGUGAUUGGACAUGUUUUGAAGCAGAGCUAAGGAAGCGAUUGGGUAAAAACUUCUUGAUAUAUGUAAGUUCGUGUAAUAUGUACACCAAAACUUUCACUGGCAUUGAUGGAGCUGGUAAACGAUUGGCAGAUGAAGUGAUGGAAAUUGUGAAGAAGACCGAGAACUUAGAAAAGAUAUCAUUUUUGGCACAUUCACUUGGUGGAUUAAUUGCAAGAUACGCUGUUGCUGUUUUGUACACACCUAAUGUCUUUUCUGAACGUACCGGAAACACAGAUUCCUCUAUUGCAUCAAAACUGGAAACUUAUUCAGCUUCUGCUUUGAUUGCUGGAUUGGAAGCAAUUGCUUUUAUCACACUGGCAACACCUCAUCUAGGAGUUAGAGGAAAUAAGCAGCUUCCUUUCCUUCUGGGUAUGCAAUUCUUGGAGAAACUUGCUGCUCCCAUUGCCCCAAUUUUUACUGGUCACACCGGCAGUCAGCUGUUCCUCACCGAUGGCAAACCUAACAAACCUCCUCUCUUAUUACGGAUGGCCUCAGAUUGUGAUGAUGGAAAUUUUUUAUCUGCACUUGGAACUUUCAAAUGUCGGGUUGUGUAUGCUAAUGUGUCUUACGACCAUAUGGUUGGCUGGCGCACAUCUUCAAUACGAAGAGAAACAGAACUUGCUGAGCCCCCUGGUCACUCAUUGGAUGGUUACGAGCAUAUUGUUGGGAUUGAGGAAUGUCCCCCGGUAGUAUCAGAGAAUCCACAGUUCCCUCCAGGGGCCGCCAAAGCUAAGGAAGUUGCUCAAAAUGAGCCCAGCACCCGCAACACCAUAGAAUAUCAUGAGAUCAUGGAAGAGGAAAUGGUACGCGGUUUACAACAAUUAGGAUGGAUAAAAGUCGAUGUCUGCUUUCAGACGGCAUUCUGGCCACUCUUUGCACACAACACUAUUCAGAUGAAAAAUGUAUGGCCUCAAAAUGUGGGGUUGGAAGUGGUCGCUCAUGUUGCAGACACCAUAAAGCAACAAGAUUCUUCGCCUUGCAUCGGUGCCAGCUCAUAGCUAUAUAUAUAUAUUAACAGGCAGACGAGAAAUUCUGGUAUGUUAAAAGCUCGACAAUGAGAUGGAAUGCGAAGCAAAGUGACACACACUGUAUAUAUAUAGUUAGUUUGUGUAGAUGAAAUCCACACACGAUGAGGAAGUAAUUCAUACAAAUGUUCCCUUAAAAGGUACUACAAACUCUGAAAAUUUUCCUCAUUCGAUCACAUUAGAGAGUAACCAGUAGCAUUGUCAUCACUGAAGAUCGUGGUAGAUCUUUCUUCACCGGAUAGCUGAUGUUAGCCAUUUUUUGUUCCCGUUUUACCAAUCUUUGCAAUACUUAUACUCGGAUUGUCUCGACCACAAAAUUACUUCACUUGUUAUAACUA